CUUUACUGCCUAUUCACAACUGUUUGGCCCUUCGAGGGUAUCCUUUCCUUUCCGCUCUUUGAACCUCAAAACAAAAGCUUCUCCCUAUACAACAAAUCUUGCCUCGUGAUCGAUUGCCCCCUUCGCUGCGCAGAGCAUGAGAGGCGCCGAGCUGUUCUCCUCCCCCGAGGACGACCUUCCCCGGCUCUGGCAGAAGCCCGCCUACGAGGUACUCUUGGAAACCCUCAAGAAGCUCCGCGUCGAACCCCGUGUGUGGAGUCUGCAGGACUCGCGCGCCGAUAUCCUUAAGGAGCAGGCCGCAACCGCCUACGACCGGCGGGAGGUGGUCGCGUUCCUGUCCUCCAUCAUCAAGAGCGGCUUGCCAUGGCUCGAUAGCGAUGACGAGCGGGAAGUGAUCUGGGAAGAGGCAAGCAAGCGCAUGUCGGAGCGCUGCGGCCGGACAGGUAUGUCUACAUUACGUUACACGCCCUCCCGGUGGAAGAAAGAGUCAAGGGCGGGUCGGGGCGGAGAGAGGAGGAGGCCAGCCCAGAGACAAGAAGGGCAGAUUGAGAGAGAAGGUGGGGCUGACGGUGGCCGGUGCAGCGAUGGGGGAGAUCACUCGGCGCUGGCCCUUCGAAGAUCACGGCCACGGUGCCUUCAGCCUCGUCAUCCGGGAGCCGCCCCUGACCGGGGAUUCUCUCGGCCUCAAGACGUGGGGCUCGUCGUACGCUCUCGCCCGGCUCCUCCACCAGUUCGCGGACGGUCCUCUCGCACACCUGUUCGUCCCCGGGGCGCUCUCGGCACCGCACGAGGUCCUGGAGCUGGGCUCCGGCACCGGCCUCCUGGGCCUGGCGGCCGCCUGCGUCUGGAAGACGAGUGUUGUGCUCACGGACCUGCCCACCAUCAUCCCCAAUCUGGCGCACAACGUGUCUCUCAACAGGGAGGUCGUGGGCCGGCUUGGCGGCAAAGCCGAGGCGGCUCCGUUGACAUGGGGCGGUUCCAGGGAAGACGUCGACCCCAUGUUCUGGGAGCCGAACUGUUUUCAGCUCAUCAUCGUGGCAGACCCCCUGUACGACGACGACCACCCGACGCUCCUGGCCUGCGCGAUCGAUGAGCAGCUCGCUCUCGGCACGGACGCGAGGGUCCUCGCCAUGGUUCCCCAGAGGGACGAGAUCACCAGGCGUCUGCUCAGCAGCCUGCGGGAGGAGCUGGGCCGGCGGCCCCGCCCGCUGCUCUGUCUCGAGGAGGGCGUCGUGGACGGCCAAGACGACUGGGGUGACGAGCACGGCGACGGCGACGACGACGGGAUGCGGAAUGUGGGUUUCUGGUGGGGGAUCUUUGGGCGGGCCCCGUCAAGUUGCUAGCUGAGCUGGCAGUUGGAUGGGGUUUUCUCCAAAGUUAG